AUGGCCGCAACCCCUACCCCCCGGCUCCAGCGAUUGAGGAGCUCUUCUUUGAGCCAUGAGAGCUUGUGGGGCUCGCCAGAGACUGGGCCCACCGCAGAAGAAGGCCGAGCCUGGGUGCUGGUGCUCAGCACUGGGGGCACCAUUGGCAUGGGGGGCACAGAGUGCGGUGGAGGGCUUGCUCCUGAGGCUAAUAAAUUAGUCAAAGCCUUGAAAAAAAUGCCCAUGUUACAUGAUGAAGAGUAUGCAAAGGAAACAAAACUCUAUGAUUCCUGUGAGUUUGCAGACAGCACCUUGGUGCUUCCUCUAUCUAAAAGAAAGAAAAGAAUUAUCUACAGAAUUCUGGAAUAUUCACCGUUGCUUGAUUCCUGUAACAUGACAACUGAAGACUGGGCUAAAAUUGCCAAAGAUCUUGAGACUUACUACGAACAAUACGAUGGUUUUGUGAUUCUUCAUGGGACAGACACGAUGGCCUACACAGCUGCUGCUUUAUCUUUCAUGUGUGAGAACGUUGGUAAAACCAUUGUCCUGACAGGAUCUCAGGUUCCUAUUUAUGAACUGAGGAACGAUGGGCGUUCCAACCUGCUGGGGGCGCUGCUGAUUGCUGGACAGUUCAUCAUCCCUGAGGUGUGCCUCUAUUUUCACCAUAAACUGUACCGGGGAAACCGGGUAACCAAGGUGGACACUGGGAGUUUUGAUGCCUUUUCCUCACCCAACUUGCCUCCCCUUGCAAAUGCUGAAGUGGAUAUCAAAAUUGACUGGGGAAUCGUAUGGCGAGCCAAUACCAUGAAAAAGUUUGAGGUCCACACUGAUAUGAAUAGGAACGUGGGGUUGCUGAGGAUCUUCCCAGGGAUUACAGCUGCCACCGUGAAGGCAUUUCUUCAGCCGCCAAUGGAAGGGAUCGUCCUGGAAACUUAUGGCUGUGGAAAUGCUCCAAACAACCGCCCUGAUUUGCUGGAAGAGUUGAGGCAGGCCACAGAGAGGAAUGUGGUGAUCCUUAAUUGCACUCAGUGUCUGCGGGGUUCUGUGGCGUUGACCUAUGCAACUGGACAGGAUCUUGCACAAGUUGGAGUAAUUUCAGGAGGCGACAUGAUGCCUGAAGCAUCCUUAGCAAAACUGUCUUACGUGCUCGGAAAGAAGCAUCUUAGUUGGAAGGAGAAGAAGAAGAUGCUGGCUGACAAUCUUAGGGGAGAAAUGUCCUCCACGCUCACAGGAGCCCAAAGCUCCUUAAAAAAUAGCCACUUCAUUAAAGUAAUCACCAAGUUUUUAAGUCUUAACUGCAAAGAGGAGCUUGGAGCGUUAAUUCCGUCUUUGGCAUGCGCUGCAGCUAAAACUGGUGAUCUGGAUGCCUUGAAAGCCAUUGAAGAAGUGGGUGGAAACUUGAGCUGUGAAGAUUAUGAUGGCCGCACCCCACUUCACGUUGCAUCAAGUGAGGGGCGCAUACAACUAGUGGAGUAUUUAUUGAAGACAGGGGCAAGUGUUUAUGCCAAAGACAGAUACGGAGCAACCCCCUUGAUGAAUGCCAUUGAAUUCAGGCACAUGGAAGUAAUACAGCUCCUCCGGGAAGCAGGAGCUCACCUUUCUAGUGAAGAGCUAAAGAAUGCACGGACCAAGCUUUGCCUCCUUGCUGCUAACAGAGACGUGGAAGGAUUGAUGGCCUGGCACAUAGCAGAUGUAGACAUGGAACGAAAUAAUUAUAAUAGCAGAACACCUUUGCAAGUAGUAAGUGUGUCAAUGGCAGCAUAG